AUGCACGAAUUUCACACAUUUUUUGAUGUUAACCGAAAUGGCGAACUGGAAUGGAAAGAUUUCGACAUGACACGGCAACAUUUCCACUCGCUCUUUUUUCCUUUUUCAUCCGAUAUGUCUUAUUCUCUCCCAUUCUCUCUCUCUCUCUCUCUCUCUCUCUCUCUCUCUCUCUCUCUCUCACCUUAUUUCUCUUUCUCCUUGCGUUUUGCUUUCUUUCUUAAACAGGCUUACGCUCAUAUCACCAAAUUGCUUUUUGUUUUUCUUUCUUUUCUGCUAAUUUUUCUCUUUCGUUUUCUAUUUUUUUCUUUGUUCUCUAUUUUUCUUUUUCCUUCUCUAUUUUUCUUUUUCCUUCACUAUUUUUCUUUUUCUUUCACUAUUUUUCUUUUUCCUUCUCUAUUUUUUCAUUUUUCUUUUUCCUUCUCUAUUUCCUUUUUCGUUUUAUAUUUUCAUUCUUCCUUCUCUAUUUCCUUUUUUGUUUUCUAUUCCCUUUCUCUUUUUCUACUUUUCCUUAUCGUUCUCUAUUUUCUUUUUCGCGUUUUUUGUUUUCCUUUUCGUUCUCUAUUUUUAUUUCAACUUUUUCUUUUUCCAUUUAAUUUCUUCACUCCAUUUAAUGUCUUCACCGUCUUUCUUUUAUUAUUUUUUCCUUUCUCUACGACCUUUUAUUUCGCUUGCUCCCUCACUCUCUUUUUCUUUCUUUCUUUUCUUUUCUUAUUUUCCUAUUUUGUCCUUCUCAGUUUCUUUCACUUUCCAUUUAAUGUCUUCACCGUCUUUCUCUUUUAUUAUUUUCCUUUCUCUACGAACUUUUAUUUCGCUUGCUCCCUCACUUUUUUCUUUCUUCCUUUCUUUCUUAAUUUCUAUUUUGUCCUUCUCAGUUUUUUUUCUCUACUAUUUAAUGUCUCCACCGUCUUUUCUCUUUUAUUAUUUUUCUUUCUUUCUCUUUUAUUAUUUUCCUACGACCUUUUAUUUCGCUUGCUCCCUCCUCUCUUUUUUUUCUUCCUUUCUUUCUUAAUUUUCUCAGUUUUUUUAAUGUCCUUCUUAGUUUUUUCUUUUCUCUUUUAUUUCCUUUCUCUACUCCUCCUUUUUUUCGUUGCCUAUUUUGUCCCUCUCAGUUUCUCUCUUUUUAAUGUUCUUUUUUUCUCUUUUAUUUCCUCUCUUUUUUCUUUCUUCCUUUCUUUUCUUAUUUUUAAUGUCUUCUUUCUUUUCUUUUUAUUACCUUUCUCUAUUUCUUUUAUUUCUUGCUCCCUCACUCUCUUUUUUUUUCUUCCUUUCUUUCUUAAUUUCCUAUUUUGUCCUUCUCAGUUUCUUUCACUCCAUUUAAUGUCUUUUCUCUUUUUAUUAUUUUCCUUUCUCUACGACCUUUUACGAACCCUCUUUUCUCUUUUUUUCUUAUUUUUUUUAAUUUUCCUUUCUCUACGAACUUUUUAUUUCGCUUGCUCCUUUUAUUUCUUUUUUCUUUUUCUUCACUUCCUUUCUUUCUUAAUUUCCUAUUUUGUCCUUCUCAGUUUCUUUCUCUUUUAUUCACCGUCUUUUCUCUUUUUUUUCCUUUCUCUACGACCUUUUUAUUUCCUUGCUCCCUUAAUGUCUUUCACCGUCUUUCUUUCUUUUAUUAUUUUUCCUUUUAUUAUUUUCCUUUCUCUACGACCUUUUAUUUCGCUUGCUCCCUCACUCUCUUUUUUCUUUCUUUCCUUUCUUUUCUUAAUUUCCUAUUUUGUCCUUCUCAUUUCUUUCACUCCAUUUAAUGUCUCAACCGUCUUUCUCUUUUAUUAUUUUCCUUUUAAUGUCUCUACGACCUUUUAUUUCGUCUUGCUUUUAUUAUUUUCCCUUUCUCUCUCUUUUUUCUUUUGCUUCCUUUCUUUCUUAAUUUCCUAUUUUGUCCUUCUCAGUUUCUUUCCUCCAUUUAAUGUCUUCACCGUCUUUCUCUUUUAUUAUUUUCCUUUCUCUACGAACUUUAUUUCGCUUGCUCCCUCACUCUUUUUUUUCUUCCUUUCUUUCUUAAUUUCCUAUUUUGUCCUUCUCAGUUUCUUUCACUCUAUUUAA